AUGAACGACUAUAAUUAUAUGCCCAGUUAUGGGCUAAUGGAGUCGCAACCAAUGCCAUCGUAUAUCCCACAACCUCCGGUGAUGCCCGGGAUCCAUGCCCACAAUCCAAUGAAAAGCUCUAUCCCUCGUGCUAGACGGUCUAGAGCUUCCAGAGCCUGCGAAAACUGUCGUAAACGAAAAGUUAAAUGCUCAGAGGGCGAUGUUUGUAAUGAAUGUCGUCGUUUUGGCGAAAAGUGUUAUUAUCGCGAGCAUUACCGUGCCAAACGCGAAUUUUCGGUGAAAAUCCUUCAGUCGCCUGAUUUUGUCGACAAGAACGACCGCGACAGAAUCGAUAUGAUUAAACCUGAACCCCUGGCUCAGGAUGAUAUGAAAUCCAUGUAUUCCAAGAACAGCAGUAACAGCAGCGAUAUCACUUUUGUCAACUCGCCCAUUUCUAGUGGCGAGUCAAACACGACUGCCAGUUCGAGCUCGGGCUCUCCUGUUAUGGUCAAUAAUCUCAUCGGUCACAACAGCGGAGUUUCACCUCCACCAUCAAUUCCUCUCAACAAUGGACUCGGCGUGUCUGUCAUUCAACAUAGCAACCGUCGUUCAGGCGCCGUUUUCGAGUUCACCGAUAAAGUAUCUAUGUUUACUAAUUUCCUACCCACCGAUCAUCUGAACACAGUUCGAUCUUUCUAUGAAGUGGCCCCUUUGAAAACACCUUUUGAUAAGCCUAUUCCAUCUGCCAGCUUCGUUUCCAGCUCUGCUGCUACCAACACUCUUUAUGAGAGCCACCUGACUGAAGAACAGAUGCUGCAGACCUUGGCCAGUUUUUUCAUUCACUUUCAUCCUACUCUACCAUUUCUCGAGCCUGAUGUAUGGCUCAAGAAAGCCAAGGCUGUUUGGAGAGCUGCUGAAUAUGGAACACCUCCACCAUGUUCUGAAGUCACUUUAGGCAUCAUUUACAUGCUCAACGCACUCGGAUGUAUUGCCAAUAAUGCCCAUCGCACCUUCUUUGCUGGUGUCAGCAGUUACCAAUGGGGUUUGGAGUAUAAUCGCAAGGCCAGUCGAGCUGUCCCCGAUGUGUUUGAAGUCACCUCUUUGAGAAUGUGCCAGUACAUGAUGUUGGUAUGUAUGUUCAAAUAUCUUAUUGGACAGAAUCAAUCGGCUUACUUGUACGGUGGUGCUAUCUCGAAGACAAUCAGAGCUCUUAGUUUGCACAAAAUCAAUCCUCAAGAAGAUAAUUCUCCCGAGGCUUAUGAGAAGUAUCGUACACUAUUCUGCGCUAUUGGUAUGGAAAAGUAUACUAGUUUGAGAGUUGGCCGAACUUAUUUCAACUCGAUUGGCGAAGUGCCAUUUGCCAAACUGUACCUCCCAGCUUUCACUGCCAGCAAAUUGAGUUCAGCAUCCGCCCCCUCCCUGACUGCAUUCAUUCACUUGAAGAAUAAACUUCUUACUCUGGCAACUUUUGCCAUGGCUGAAGCUUAUAAUAGCACCAGCUUACCCGACAUUAUCUCGUGUCAUGAUACAAUCACACGUUCUCUUGGCGAGUUUGACCAGCUGUUGUCGGUGUCAGAAGAGCCAUAUCUCCGUACAGAUGAUAUUCAAAUUCUCAGUUCGCUGACCCCAUCUGAGGCCAAGGAAUGGCUUCUUGUGCAUUUGAUGGUAUGGGACCUGCGAUCGGUUAUGUAUAGACCAUUCCUGUUGCUCCUGGGAUCUCUGAGCGAGCCAUCAGCUGCUGACAUUUACAACAAUCUCGAUCCCAUGGUGCUGGCGGCCAUUCGUUCCGGUGCUGAAAAGUGUGUUCGUGUGCAACUCAUGAGUAUCUCGACGUUAUAUUACAACACAUUCAGAGCCCAAGAUAUCAAGAGCUGCUGGUUCGUGUACGACUACAUGCUGUCUGCUGUGCAGAUUCUCUUGUACUAUGAACUGUGUGUUCUUGACAACGAGUGCGAGAGACUGCCCAUUAAAGCAGCACUUCGCGAAGCAUACGACUUUGUCAGCAACGACCCGAACAAUGCCACUGCCAUGAGCCUACUGAGCAUGCUUUUUGACGAAGAGAAGUCGGCACUUGCCCGCAACAUCCCACAUGUUCGCAGACAGUUCGCCAAAUCCUUCUUCCUGGUGCUGGAUGGAAACCAAGACGAAGACGAUCUGUGCACACCUUCGGCUAACGAGUUUAAGCCCCUCCAAAACGAGAAGGAUAUUCUGGACUACUGGCACCUCUGCCUCGAGAGCGUUGGUUGA